UUGGGUAUAAAAGGAUUGCAGGAGUAACUGUGCAGUUUGACUUCUUUCAUCUGUGGCUGAAUAUCCUGGGAGAAGAGACUUGUUUUGUAUUUCAGUAAUGCAGCUGCUCUAAAUAUUAUUUUCUGGUUUGGCAGAUGAUCUCUCCCUUGUUGGUUCCUUAACGACGACAUGGUGACUGUAGUUGUGACCAAAGCUCAAACUCGUGGGCAGGUGGAGAAGUAUCAAAGAUUUGUGGCCCAAGCAGAAGAGGAGGCUGAGAAUGGAAAUCUGGAAGAAUCCGUCAAGCUCUACAGCCAAGCAAACCAAAUCCAGCCCCGUAAAAGCGUGGAGGGACGCAUCAAAAGGCUAGAGGAGGAACUGGCCGUGCUGUCCUGGGAUCAAGAGUCCGAUGAGUAUGUGGACGUGUGCCAGAGCGGGCUGCUGCUCUACAAGAAGAUGCACGACCAGCUGUUUGAGCAUCAGAAGGAAGGAGUGGCCUUCCUAUACAGCCUGUACCGUGACAGAAGGAAGGGCGGCAUCCUGGCCGAUGACAUGGGCUUGGGAAAGACCGUUCAGAUCAUCGCCUUCCUUUCGGGGAUGUUUGAUGCUGAACUUGUCCAUUCGGUGCUGCUCAUCAUGCCGGUUACCCUUGUCAGCAACUGGAAGCAAGAGUUUGCCAAGUGGGCCCCGGGAGUUAGGGUGAGGGUCUUCCAUGGGACCAGCAAGCGAGAGCGCAGUGAAAGUCUAGAACAAAUCCAAAAUAAAAAGGGUGUCUUGCUUACAUCGUACCAGAUGGUCCUGGCCAACUCGGAGAAGCUUUCCCGCUUAGGUCAAAGUAAUUUUGUUUGGGAUUAUGUCAUCCUUGAUGAAGCCCAUAAAAUUAAAACCCCAUCAGCUAAAACCACAAAAUCAGUGCAUGCUAUCCCUGCCCAAAACCGCCUCCUUCUCACAGGGACACCAGUGCAGAAUAACCUACGGGAGCUUUGGGCUCUCUUUGAUUUUGCUUGUCAAGGGGAACUCCUUGGCACAGCAAAAACCUUCCGGAUGGAAUAUGAAAAUCCGAUCACCAAAGCAAGAGAAAAGGAUGCUACUCCCGGGGAGAAAGCUCUUGGGCUUAAGAUCUCUGAGAACCUGAUGACCAUCAUACAGCCACACUUUUUGCGCCGGAGCAAAGAUGAAAUACAGAAGCUGAAGUCUGGGAAGAGGAAUAAGAAUGCUAUGCUACAAAUGCCUCCUCUCCCAAGAAAGAAUGACUUCAUCGUAUGGGUCUACCUAGCACCAACACAAGAAGAAAUAUACAAGAACUUUAUUUCCUUGGAUCAUAUCAAAGAGUUGCUCAUGACAUCCCGUUCCCCACUGGCUGAAUUGACAGUCUUGAAAAAACUCUGUGAUCACCCCAGGCUGCUGUCUGCACAAGCAUGUCUCCAGCUUGGCUUGGAGGUUUCUGAUUAUUCUGAGCAACAGGUUGAAGAUGGGACUAUUUCAAGUAGGCACUGGGAAAUCAACCAUGUCUCAGACGAGGUUCUGAUUGAAGAAUGUGGGAAACUGAGGUUCCUCAUAGCUUUGCUGGAAAACCUGCAGGAGGAAGGCCAUAAAACUCUGGUUUUCUCCCAGUCAAGAAAAAUGCUGGAUAUUAUAGAGCGCAUCUUGACUCAACGGCACUUUAAGUUGAUACGCAUUGACGGAACAGUGACUUCUUUAGCAGAACGAGAGGAAAGGAUUGGAAUAUUUCAGAAUGACAAAGGCUACUCUGUCUUCCUGCUCACUACCCAGGUAGGGGGUGUUGGGCUGACUUUAACUGCAGCCACCCGAGUGGUGAUCUUUGAUCCUAGUUGGAACCCUGCUACAGAUUCACAAGCCGUAGACAGAGCAUACAGGAUAGGACAAAAAGAGAAUGUGAUCAUCUACAGGCUUAUCACGUGCGGGACAGUGGAAGAGAAGAUCUACAGGCGGCAAGUCUUCAAGGGCUCGAUCAUACGGCAAAGCACUGGUGAUGACAAAAACCCAUAUCGGUAUUUUACCAUGCAGGAACUGAAGGAGCUCUUUAUCCUGGAAGACACUACAACCUCUGCAACCCAACUCCAGCUGCAGUCUCUGCAUGCGACCCAAAGGAAGUCUGACCCGAAGCUGGAUGAACAUAUUGCAUAUCUCCACUCGCUGGAGAUGUUUGGCAUAUCUGACCAUGACCUGAUGUACACUUGCGAAACUGGUCAUGAUGAGGAAGCUGAAGAUGAAGAAGCUCAUCAGUAUAUUGAGCACAGAGUCCAGAAGGCUCAAGAGCUGGUGCAGCUGGAAUCACAGCUCGUAAACAGAAAACACCAGAAAUGUCCAUGAGCACCACUUCCUGUUUCGAUCAAGACGGUGUUCUCAAGCCUGAGUCACCAGAUGUUGAUGCAUUAAAACUCUCACCAUGCCCAGCCACAAUGGCCUCUGGCAGCUGUAAUCCAUCCACAGCUCAGGAUCCAAGUUUGAGAAGCCUUCCUGCAUCAAGACUGAUCAUUCCAUGCCCUCCCCUAAUCUUUACUGCCUCUUCCUCUUGCCAAAGAGGCUGUUCCAGACAAUGACUUGUCCAGGCUGAGCUGGAAACCGUAACUUUCUCUCUCCUCCAGUGAUCUGUCCCUUUCCAAUUUGCUUCCGUAGCAAGUUAACUUUAAAUAUAUAUAUGUGUCAAUAUUUGAAUGUUGGUCUUUUUCUACCAGUAAAGUUUUUUGCAUUUCUACCAGUAAAGUUUUUGCAUUGAAAAAGCCCAUGUCUGAAUUUAACUGAACUUUAAAUGUAUAUAUGUGUCAAUAUUUGAAUGUUGGUCUUUUUCUACCAGUAAAGUUUUUUGCAUUUCUACCAGUAAAGUUUUUGCAUUGAAAAAGCC